CAAUAUAUAUUCCGAGCAAGUCCGUAUUUACUUCAUCUUCUCCUGUAUCUUCGAGGUUACAUAGCCUGAGACUGCCUGCCUGCCUCUGAGCAAAGCCGCACGGACCCCUGGUAGCGACCAAAGCAUAACCCACCCCGCACGUCACUCCAAACCCCACCUUCAUCUGCUGCCUUGCCUGGAACCUUGAGAGCUUCACACGACUGCUACAUCCAACAAGUCAUUCGCUUCCCGAUCACCCUCUUUCACCCGGCUAACGUUCAUCUACCUUAUAGAUCUUCUUUAAAAGGCAUUGUUACGGAUUACCGACUGGCGCUCCAGUCCAACAUCACAAUUAAAGCUUAGGACUGCCCCUUCAUUCCUCUCGGCUCACUCCCGCGUCCGCUUCAACUCCCCGCAGCAGCAGAUCAUCCGGGGUACUCAAACCGGCUAUCUGUGAGCCACGGGCAUCACCCGUAGUGCAACACACAAAAACGCCGGACAAUAUGGCGUCGCAGAAGCGCAUCGCUAAGGAGCUGACAGAAUGCACGUCGUCCCCACCAGUCGGCGUAACCGUCUUCCUCCCUAAAGACUCCGAUCUCCACCGAUGGCACGCGAUCCUCGACGGGCCUGAAAACACAGUCUACCAGGGCGGCAAGUUCGGGCUCGUCAUCUCGCUGCCGACCGACUAUCCGUUCAAGGCGCCCACCAUCACGUUCGCGACGCGCAUCUACCACCCCAACAUCACCAACGACAACCUGGGCAACAUCUGCCUGCCGCUUCUCAAGGCGGAGAACUGGAAGCCGUCGACGCGGCUGCUCAGCGUGCUGGAGGCGCUGCGCCAGCUGCUGGUCGAGCCGCUGCCGGACGACCCGCUCGAGGCGCGCAUCGCGGACGAGUACCGCAGCGACCGCAAGGAGUUUGAGAAGACAGCGCGCAACUACGUGCAACGGUACGCCAAGGGGACGCCCAAGUUCGACAGCAGCGGCGACGACAGCACGGCAGCGCAGGAGGGCCAAGCGGGAGCAAGCGGGAGUGGUGGUGGUGGUGGUACCGGUGGGUCCUAGGAGCACGACCACACCGUCCGGGAACAAGCGGGGGGGCAUCAUCAUCCUCCCCUAGCGCAGGGGUCGCCGCGAUCCGGUGAGAUGCCGCCAGGGGACCGUCAGCGGGUGGCGUCGUCGAGACGACGGACCAUUGCCCUGCAGGUAAUACACGCGCGGGGCGAGUUCGCGUAUCAUGCUACACAUGGCGUUGAGUCGGCUAUGGCGAUGCUUCGCAUAAUCGACGCUCUCG